AUGUCCAUCGAACACCACGGCAGCGAGAGCGAUCUGGUCAAGAAGGAAAAGUUCAUGCUCGAGGCCAGUCGCGACCCCGUCUUCUAUUCAGGCGACAUUUACGAUCUCACCAAGGAUCAGAUCCGUGAGCGCACCAUGCAGCGCAUCCAGCGCCUCGCACACUACGUCACCAGCGAGUCCGUCGACGACUUCCAGAAGCGUAUGGAGCUCAUGUCCAUGCUCGAUCCCGGUCUCUGGACCCGUCUUGGUGUCCACUACGGUCUUUUCCUCGGUGCCAUCCGAUCCGGUGCAACCCCCAAUCAGUUCUCCUACUGGAUGGAGAAGGGUGUCAUCGCUUGCCAGGGCAUGUUCGGAUGCUUCGGCAUGACCGAGCUCGCCCACGGCUCCAACGUCGCAGGUCUUGAGACCACCGCCCACUUCGACGGCCAGUCCGACGAGUUCGUUAUCCAUACCCCCAACCUCGGCGCCACAAAGUGGUGGAUCGGCGGUGCAGCCCAGACCGCCACCCACUGCUCCGUCUUUGCUCAGCUGAUCGUCAAGGGCAAGCGAUACGGCACAAAGACCUUCAUCGUGCCCCUCCGCGACCCCAAGAGCUUCCAGCUGCUCCCCGGCAUCAACAUUGGCGACAUCGGCAUGAAGAUGGGUCGCGACGGCAUCGACAACGGCUACAUCCAGUUCACCAACGUUCGCAUUCCACGCGCAUACAUGCUCAUGAAGCACACCCAGGUCACCCGCGAAGGGGAGGUGCGCGAGCCUCCUCUCCAGCAGCUCACCUACGGCGCGCUCCUCCAAGGCCGAACCGCCAUGGUUUCGGAUGCAGCCAACACCGCCAAAAAGGCGCUCACCAUCUCGGUCCGAUACGCCGCUGCACGACGACAGUUCAAGUCGGACGCAAAGGCCCAGCUCGAGACGCAGAUCAUCGACUAUCCCAUCCAUCAGCGUCGCCUCAUGCCCCUCGUGGCUCAGGCCGUCGCCUUUGGCUACACCUCGCUCGAGCUUCAGCGUCUGUUCGAGGAGACUUCACAGGCGCUCGAGAGCCUCGAGCCCGGUGACCCCAACCUCGAUGCCACCAUCGAGAAGCUCAAGGAGACCCACUCCACCAGCGCCGGUCUCAAGGCCUUCUGCACCUGGGCCACUCUGGAGACCAUUGACCGCUCCCGACAGGCGUGUGGUGGUCACGGCUACUCGAGCUACAACGGUUUCGCGAACAUGUAUGCGGAUUUCGCAGUGCACUGCACAUGGGAAGGUGACAACACGAUCUUGGCCUUGCAGUCCGGUCGAUUCCUCAUCUCUGCAUUCCAGGAUGCUCUGGACGGCAAGAAGCAGGUCAGCCAAGGUACCAUGUACAUGAACAACCUCGACAAGGUCUUGUCCGCCAAGUGCGAGUCCAACGAAGCGCUCGACAUCCUCGACGGCAUCGAUCGCGGUUGGGCCACCGUCGCCGCCCACGCCGUCAAAAAGGCCUCCGAAGACUACCAGGCGUGCCUCAAGGCCGGUCGCAGCAGAGAGCAGGCGUUCGAAGACUGCUCGCAGGUGCGCUUCGUUGCUGCCAGCGUCCACACCAGCGGCUACAUCUUCCGCCAAUUCCGAUCGGCCGUCGAGCGUGUCGAGAAGAGCGAUGACGGAGUGCGUGAGCACCUCGAACUGUUGGCCAAAUUCUACGGCCUCUGGCAGAUGGAGGAGAAGGCUGCCUUCUUCCUCCGCAGUGGCUGGCUGACACCGGAGCAGCUUGACUACGCCUCGGCUAGGGUCACCGAGUACUGCGCCAAGACGCGCACCUUUGCCAUCCCCCUCAUCGACUCGUUCGCCAUCUCGGACCACGUGCUCAACUCGCCCAUCGGAAGGUACGACGGUGACAUCUACCGCGAGUACUUCCGCAUGGUCCGCCGCAACAACCCCCAGCUGAAGGAGCACCCAUACUUUGAGCGUCUCAUUCGACCUUUCAUCGAGCGACAGCUACCUGACGUCGAAGACUUCGACGAAGCCAUCGGCAUCGAUGACGAGAUCGAGGAGAUCAAGCAGGACCGCGAGGAGGCUGAAGCUGAGGCCAAGGCACAGGCUGCUGAGAAGAAGGAGUAG